AUGGUGUUUCAGACGGUCGAGUUCGACCCUAUGUGUGACAAAGAGAAUCCUCAAAUAAUAACUUUUGAGGACGUAUCAGCAGCAGCCUAUAGAAUCCAGAGUGGGAUUAUAAAAACGCCAUGCGUGAAAUCUCACAUGUCAUCAAUUUUUGGGAUGGAUAUUUAUCUCAAAAAUGAUUUUCUGCAACACACUGGCAGUUUCAAAGAACGAGGGGCUCGUAACGCCUUACUUCUACUAUCUUCAGAGGCGAAAUCACGUGGUGUUAUAUCAGCUUCACUCGGGAACCACUCCCAGGGUCUCAGCUACCACGCACAACAACUGAACAUACCAGCCACUGUGGUCAUGCCAAAUGUAGCGCCCAUCAUGAAAAUACAGAACUGCCGUUCGUAUGGGGCGAAUGUCGUCAUUCAUGGACAUGAUAUGAAGGAAGCGAAAUACCAUGCUAUGAUGCUAGCCAAGGAAAGAGGUCUCACAUAUAUUAAUGGCUACGAUCACCCCCACAUAAUGGCUGGUCAAGGAACCGUGGGUUUGGAGAUAUUGGAGCAAGUUCCUGAUGUAGACGCCGUCAUAGUCCCUGUGGGUGGAGGAGGUCUACUUGCAGGAGUAGCGACAGCCAUUAAGAAUAUGAAACCUCAUGUUCUUAUAUACGGUGCGGAAACCGAGAAAUGUCCAAGCAUGAAGAUGGCUGUCAAACAUGAACAGCCAGUGUGCGUCAACAUUAGGUCCACGCUGGCAGACGGGCUCGCUGUACCAACAGUUGGAUACAACGCGUUCAAAACAUCGAAAAGACUCAUGGAUAGAAUGAUAACAGUAAACGAGGAUUGGAUUGCUCGCGCGAUCCUGCGUUUGGUUGAACAAGAAAAAUAUGUCGUGGAGGGAGGCGGGGCUGUCGGUGUGGCUGUCAUUAUGGCUGGGCUCGUGCCUGAGUUGAUUGGGAAGAAGGUGGUGUGUAUUCUAUCUGGUGGUAACAUCGACACCACAAUCCUCGGUCGUUGUUUGGAGCGAGGUCUGGCCGCGGAACAGAGGCUUGUUAAAUUCAAAGUGACCGUCAGCGACAGACCGGGCGGCAUCGCUGAACUAUGCAAACUAAUCUCCUCUAUAGGAGUAUCUAUCAAAGAUAUAAUGCAGGAACGAGCUUGGGUCUUUGGCGACAUAUUUAGCGUUAGGGUGAAAGUCGUUUGUGAAACCAGAGGUCCAGAACAUUUGGAGGAACUGGAAAAAAUGAUAACGGACACAUAUAAAGAGUGGAACUUCUCCAGAGAUUGUGAAGAAUUUGACAGAAAUGAUAGAAGAUUAAGCACCUUCUCUAUCGAUGAAGUUUCAAAUUAA